GCAGGAACAGGUCUCUAUGCAGGUUCCAGCGGAGUCUCAGACAUCCAGGUGCACAAAAGUCAAUCAUCGGAGCAAAGGAAGACAUGUCUGAGACCGACAGGACUAGCUUAGCAGACAAGGUGCAGAACUUGGAGUUGUGCCUCAGGAGUCACCACGGACAAGAAGUGAACUAUGGGCGGGCACUUCGAGAAGCUAUUAUUGCCAAUGAUCACUUUACUGAGAUAGAAGUCCUGAAAAGUCUUGGAGACCUACAUCUACGGAAAGGCAAACUUGCUCGACAUUCAGCAGAAUUUGACAAGGCUUCUGCGCUCUAUAGUGCUGCAUUGAUGCGUCUUAAAGAUAAAAAUAUACUAGAAACACUUAAACAUCGUUUAGAUUACAUGACCAAUCUCUCCAUGAAACUGUUCCAAUUGUACAUUCCCCAGUUUCUGUAUUUCGAACCGGAUUAUUGGGGCACUCCUGACCAAAAUUGUGUAAGAGUAGCAGAAAUCUGUGUCAGAAUCGACCAAAAGGUAGCAAAACAAGACUUUCUGUCUGCUGAGGACACAUACACACAAGAACUAGUAGCUGCCAUCACAAAAGGAGACGUCUUCGUGGAACAAGAGAUCCUAAAAUCACUUGGGGAUUUGUACCUCGCAGAGGGAAAGGAAACUUGUCAAAAAGCACAACUCAUCAAGGCUGGCACAAUGUACAACAAGGCCCUGUUCAUAGAGAUUCUGCUCAAAGGUAUGGGUCACGCAGCCCGACCUGAGGUAGAAGAGACUUUACACCAUCGCAUUAGGUACACGAAUAAAGUCUGGGAAGCAAAAAGUCGGCCGUUGCGAGAUACACCGAACAGAGAAGAAAGCAGCCAAACCAUAGAGCAAAUACUGAAGAAACAUUCAAAACCUGCCAGCGAUCGACAAACCUCAGGGAGCAGCAUCCAGGAAAGCAGAACAGAUGUAGCCGCUGCUGCUGUUGAGGACAAUACAGACCCGAACUGUCAGCAUCAAGACUACCUGAACAAGGGGGACGCAUCCCUUGUAACAAAAGACCUGGACUCGGCAGAGAAGCACUUUGCAGGUGCACUUAGGGUUGCACAUGUAAGAGACCCCACAGCCAAGCAGUACCAGACGGAGGUGGAGCCCCUGUGCAAGCUGGGUGAUGUCUACUGUAAGCGAGGUCAGCAGACAGGGGACGGGGGAGACUUCGUCAAAGCAGCAGCACUCUACAAUGCAGCUAUAGUCAGGUCAAUAGACGAAGCUGUUAAUGGUAAGAUAAGAAUAGCAAUCACCAAUACAGAAAAGGCGUUUGUUAGACAUGCCUUGGGUAUCCAUGAAUCUGUCACUCCAGACAACAGUGCUAAACACAAACAAAUGCUGAAGGAAAUACGGGACCAGAUCAAGCUGGAGAUGGAAACCAUUGACCAGCAGCUGGAUCCCUAUGUACAUAAUGCAGAUGACUCGUGUGUCAAAGAGACAGAGGCAAAGCGAGCUCAGGCUGUCAGGCAGUUGUUUGAAAGAAUUGCAGCAGAUAGGAAGGAGUUCAUCAGUCUACUUGUAGAAGAGUGUAUGACAGUAAUAGGCCCCCCUCCUUGUAAGCAUUCCCUGAUGGGUUUGGGUUCUCAGGCCACAGGGCUGGUAACUCCAUACUCAGACCUGGAAUUUGCCAUUUUGGUAGAAGACGAAAGUGAAGAGUCCCUUGCGUAUUUCCGCAAACUCACCCAUUUUUUACAUCUCAAGGUGGUCAACCUGGGUGAAACCAUUCUCCCAGCUUUGGGAAUAAAAUCUCUCAAUGACUUCAACUCCAAAAAAACCCGUGACAGUUGGUACCACGACUCAGUUACACCACGUGGGUUUGCAUUUGACGGCUCCAUGCCGAAAGCAAGCAAGACUCCACUGGGCAGGCAGGGAACAAACACUGAACCACCCAGUGAACUCAUCCGUACGCCAGGAAACAUGGCCUCAAUGUUACAAAAUGAUGUCACAAUGUAUCUGGAAAAAGGUUACCACCUUUCUACUGUCUUGAGAAACCCAUGUCUGAUAUCAGGGGACCAGAAUUUGUUUGACAUAUACAUGGGCAUCACUGUUAAGAUACUUCAAGCUAAUGGGGGCAAAAUGGCUAUUGAACUGGCACAGGACACACUGAUGGAAAACAUUAAACGAUUCAACGACACGGGAACAGUCAAAGCACAGAUCAUGGAUGUAAAAAAGGGACUGUAUCGCUUCCCAGCUUUGGCAGUAGACUGCUUGGCACUAACUUCAGGUGUCAUGCCUACAACGGUUUGGGAGACUAUAGACGAAAUGAAGAUGAACAAAGUUGUCAGUGCUGAAAAUGCACAUCAUCUAGCUGUGCUGGUUAGCAUCUCAGCAGAACUCAGACUCAGAACGUACAUUGCAAACGGUGGGCAGAAGGAAAACUUGUCAGCUUUGGCCUCUAUGAAAUCAGUGUUUGGUGAAAAGGAGUUGCCGGUACAGAGCAAGGAUGAAUCGCAACAAAAUGCAGUGACGCAGGUUUUCUAUCUAUCGAAUGAAAAACAGUUAUUCCGAUACUACUACACUGCAUUGCCCCUUAAAGCAUUUCUGUCCAAAUUGAAAGAAAUGAAGACAGUCAACUCUAUACCUGAGUUGUAUGAUUCCUCCUCUGACAUCCAAGCAAGGAUGUACUUUGAGCUAUGUGAAUACAAGCAGGCCAUCGAGCUUCUAGACAAGGCCUUAAGUGAGGAUGUGGCCACUGAUAGAACGAUUCUCUUGCACUUGUUGGGAAAUGCUUGGCAAAAGCUUGGCGACCAUCAGAAAGCGAUUCGUUACCAAAAAGAAGCCCUAGAUAGGACAAAGAAAAUCUAUGGGGAUGGCGCAGCACAAACUGAUAUCGCCAAGCUACUGUACUGCAUUGGGUCAGUUUGUGAAAGGGCGAGUGACUACGAGGAAGCGGUCUCUUACUAUGACCAGGCACUGCAGAUGUUUUGGCAAGUAUACGGUAGAAGUACCGCGCAUAGUAAUAUUGCAACCACUCUCAACAGACUGGGGACACUUUGGGAAAGAAUGGGAGAUCCCAAGAAGGCAAUCCAUUAUGCAACACAAGCACUGCAGAUGGAGAAGACUAUCUGCAGUCCGAAUACCACACAUCUUGACAUUGCAAUACCAUUGAACACCCUUGGAUGUGCCUUCCACAGUCUUGGUAAUUACAUAAAGUCACUCGCCUAUCUAGAACAGGCACUGCAGAUGACAAGGAGUCUUUAUGGCCAAUAUGCAGUUCAUCCUAACAUUGCUCUGUCACUUAGCAUUUUAGGGAAGAACUGGCGUGAACUUCGAGACAGCGAGAGGGCUAUCGUAUACCUUGAACAGGCACUUCAGAUGUGUAGGAAUAUCUAUGGUGAGGAUACAGCACAUCCUGACAUUGCCAAUAUAUUUACAACAAUGGGCAUGGCAUUGCAUGACCUUGGUGAAUAUAGACGGGCAAGAAGCAACCAUGAUCAGGCACUGCAGAUGUUCAAAAAUGUUUACGGUCAGACAAAACCACACCCUGAAACUGCCACUGCAUUAAACAACUUGGGGUUAAUCUGGUACAAUCUGGGUGAUUACAAAAAAGCAAUCAGCUACUAUGACAAGGCAUUACACAUGUACAGGUGUGUCUAUGGUGAGGGCAAAGCACAUUUUAAUAUUGCCACAUCUCUUAAUAACCUGGGGCAAGUCUGGGAUGCGAUGGGGAAUCACAGAAAAGGUAUCGAGUACUUUGAACAGGCAUUGGAAAUGUGUCGUACUAUCGUUGGUAAGGGUUCAGAGCAUCCUCUUAUUGCAGAUAUACAUAACAACCUGGGGGCAGCCUGGAACAAUUUGAAUGGUUACACAAACGCGAUCGCUCACUAUGAAAGCGCUUUAAAAAUUUACAGAAGUAUCCAUGGCCCAAGCAAAGCACAUCCUGAUAUCGCUAUGUCUCUGGGCAAUCUGGGGACAGUCUGGGGUAACUGUUAUGGUGAUUACAGACAAGCUAUUAGCUACCAUGAGCAGGCACUGCAUAUGUACAGGAGUAUCCAUGGUCAGACUGCAACACAUGCUAAGAUUGCCACUUCGCUCAACAACCUAGGGGAUGCCUGGAUUCACUUAGGUGAAACCAGGAAAGGUAUAAGCUACUUUGAACAGGCUCUGAAGAUGUAUAGGAGUGGUCAGACUAAGGCAAAUCAAAACGUAGCCACAGUGCUCUUUAAUUUGGGGAAGGCCUGGAUGGACCUUGGUGAAAACAGGAAAUCAGUCGACUACCUCGAACAGGCACUGUUGUUGUACAGGGGCAUUUACGGUCAGGCCACACCACAUCCAGACGUUGCCCUCUUAUUGGCGACCAUGGCACGCGUCUGGCUCAACUUAGCUGAUCGUAGGAAAGCUAUCAGGCACCACGAACAGGCAUUACAGAUGUACAGGAGUAUCCAUGGUCAAAGAACGCCACACCCUGACAUCGCCAACAUCCUAACCGACCUAGGGGUAGCCUGGUGUGGUCUUGGUGAUCACAAGACAGCAAAUAGCUACUACGAAGAGGCACUGCAGAUGUUCAGGCGUAUACAUGGUCAGGGAAAAGCACAUCUUCACAUUGCCAAUUUACUUACUAACAUGGGGGCAAACAUGGCCUUUCUUGGUUGUGAAACAGAAGCUUUGAGAUUGUACGAAGAAGCAUCAAUUAUGACAGUGAAGCUUGAGCCAUCAGACAUAAGGAACUCAUUAAUGAAACAGAUUGAAGAGAACCUGAAAAUAUAGAAUAUUUUCCCUCUACGCCAAAAUACGUCAGACAAAAUAUAACAACCAUGAUCUGAAGUAUCAAAUGAAUGUAUGUUUAUUUUUUAACUACUUAGUUAUGUUGUAUAGCUCAUGGAUCGUUUGAAAUGAAAGCUUCUACAUGUGAUUUUUUUGCCUUGACAUUCCUUAUUGUUUCAUUUAUAAGAAUGUUAGAGAAUGUAGAGUACCAUGUAUCAAAAUAUUUUGAGUCAUUUAGAGAGUUUUCCAUUAUGUGUAAAUAAUGUGCCUCACUUAUUAUGUGCAGAUGCUAAUUUACAACUAUACUGUAUCUUAACAAAGUUAAAAAGUAAAUAGAUAUGUACAUGGUCCUAAAUAAAAAAUAAUAAUAAUAAUAUUUUUCUUUGGCAUUAAAGCUUGAGCCAUGAGACGGAAGGGACUCAUUAAUAAAAAAAAUCCAAGACAGCCUGGAAAGAUAGAAUGUCUCCCCUAUAUGUAAAAAGCCCAAUUUAUCUCUAUGUAAAACUUAAUUAUCUAAGGCAUGUAUAUUUAACAAUAUAUGCAUUUUGUUAUCUCGUGUUGCUCAGUCAGAGGGAAAUCUACCUCGAUUUUUUUCUUCCCUUAUUGUUUAAUGUACGAGUAGUGUGUGUCCUAUACCCCAAUACCACAUGUAUGCAGGCAGGCAAACAAACCAAUACGUAAACUAUUUCACAUUUAUAUACAAUGUACUAGAAUAACUUGUAGAGUCGUGUUUUACAUUUGUUAAAUAUAAAAAAAGUACUUAGUGUAAAUAAUUCGCCUGAGACAUUAUAUACAGAAAUUUAUAAGAAAAAAUGAACAUAUAUGUAAAAAAGUGUAAUAUAAGUCUUUUUCGUCAAGACCUUCUGGUGGUAAAUGCAAACCACAUGCUUUUAAGUCAAACGGUUGCAUGCUACAGAUUUUUAUAUAUAUUGUGUGGACUAUGUAUUUGACAAUGUUUAAAC